AUGACUCCCCAGGACGCUUCAUGUGAGCAAACCGGUAAGCAUGCAACUCACUGUGUCCCAGGGCCGCCUUCUAGAUCUCUUCGAAGGAUCUCCGCUCCCAAAUUUUUCAUUGCGGAUCUUGACUCUUCAAGUUCGUCGAAUUCCACCUCUCCGGAUGCCUCGUGGACCGAGGAUGAAAGCAAGACACUGAUUAUUGACACCCCAGCUAAUGCACGCAAGGUUUCCAGCGUCUUCAGCGAAAUGGAUCAGUCAUAUACUGGGCUCGCAGAUGGAGAAGCAAAUGAAGAAAAUGCUGGAAAAGGUAAAUGUUCUUCCUUCGCGUACGCUGACAUGAUACAGAAUUAUCAAUCGGAACAAAACACGGGGAUACGCUUGCUAGUUUGGAUCUGCGACCCAGCCGCAGAGUGUCCAAUCCAAGCCACCUCAUUGUCGUGGUCUCAUCUCCAAGAGGAUCAAUGGGAUAUCAGUCAGCAACUGGAAGGGCUUCCGACGGUCUAUUUGGGCUCGAAUUUUCUGCCAGACGACUUACCAGGCAUCCAUACAUCAUCUGCCACAGCGCACUCGUAUAGAUGGACCGCCAUCUUCAAGUACCCUCCCACUCAACCGUUCAACUCAUGCCGAUGGAUCGGUCGCACGGCAGAGGGUGUGAUCUUUCUCGAGGAAAUCAGUCGUCCCGAAAGGCACGGAUACCCGUUCAUGUCCGAAAUUACCAAAGCAAUCUAUCAGAGGGACUUUGACCUCGACGGGCUCAGAUCUUUUACCAUGCUCGAAUACUCAACACCCGCAAGUAUGGGAGACCGACACUCCAGAGUUCCAGAUCUUGAUUGGAACACCGUUAGGCAAGGUCGUAGCGCAUCUGAUUUUGAACGCCUUUCCCCGUGGGACUCGGCGGAUAGCUCGAAUGUUAGUGUGGUUCGAUUCCAAUACCUGGCCGCAUUUGAGAUUUGA